CUUCUUUCUGGCACCAACUAAGUAAUCUAAGCUCAAAACAAAAACAACUUCCUAACGUAGUCAGAGUCAAAAACAUUGUUCACUUAAACAAAUUCACACAUAAAAAAGCAACCAUUAACAUUUAACCAUACUAACUAGUAGUACUUGUGUUGUGCCACUCAAACUAAACUAAACUCAAUUUCCAAUUUCCUUAAUCUUGUUGUGUUGAUGUACAUGGAGAGAAUUAGAGUGAAGGAGGAAGAAGCAGUGACAUGUGGUGGUGGUUCAUCAUCAUCAUCAUCUUCGUCUUCAAGCUUUUCUCCACAGCCUAUGGAAGGGUUGCACGAGGUGGGUCCCCCUCCGUUUCUGAGCAAGAUCUUUGACAUGGUAGAAGAUUCUUCCACGGACUCCAUUGUGUCAUGGAGCAUGGCUCGCAACAGCUUUGUGGUGUGGGAUUCUCACAAGUUUUCUGCUGACAUUCUGCCUCGUUACUUCAAGCACGGCAAUUUCUCCAGCUUCAUUCGCCAGCUCAACGCCUAUGGGUUUAGGAAAGUUGAUCCUGAUAGAUGGGAAUUUGCAAACGAAGGUUUUUUGGCAGGACAAAGGCACUUAUUGAAGACCAUUAAGAGAAGAAGAAAUGUGUCACAGAGUUUGCAACAAAAAGGAGGAAGUGGAGCUUGUGUUGAAGUGGGGGAGUUUGGACUCGAAGGUGAGUUGGAGAGGUUGAAAAGAGACAGGAACAUUUUGAUGGCAGAAAUUGUGAGAUUGAGGCACCAACAACUGAACUCAAGGGAACAAUUGAAUUCCAUGGAGACCAGAUUGCAAGCCACUGAGAAGAAACAGCAGCAAAUGAUGAGUUUCCUUGCAAAAGCACUGAGUAACCCAUCUUUCACGAAACAAUUAGUCCAAAAGACCCCCCAAAGCAGAGAAGUGUUGGGUGUUGAAAUCAAUAGGAAAAGGAGACUGACUGCUAGUCCAAGUGUUGAGAACUUGCAACAAGAUGAUCAAGAUUUGGCAACUUUGGAUUAUCCAAGCCAUGAUCGAGAUUUGGCAACUAUGGAGACUGAUAUGGACACUUUUUUCUCACCGGCUUAUGAUAAUGAACUUAGCAGUGAAACCAAUGAGCCUGCAUCAAUUUCGGUUGAGGAUACAAUCUUGGAGGACUUUCUCAACAAAGACUUGGUUACUUGGAAUCCGGAGGAUGAAGUUAUAAUUGGGGAUAGUUCCCAAGUCGAUGUGCCGGUGGAGGAUUUGGUUGCAAACCCUGAUGAUUGGAGUGAGCAAUUGCAGGACCUUGUGGAUCAUAUGGACUAUCUAGGCUAAAAAAACAUAGAGGGAUGAGAAUAAUACUAUUAUCAUGUCCCCAGCUUGGUCUCUUUAAUUUCUUUCACAUUGCAACAUGGUGGUACAGCUUGAUACUUUUGUUACUAUUUUUGGAUUUGGUUUCAAUUUUAUGUGAUGUUAAUGAUAAGUGUGAAUUGUUUUUAUGCAGCAGGGAAGGUGGUAGAUGCAGAAGAACCAAACAAAUACUGCUCUUAAUUGGAUCCUUUAUUAAUUUUUAUGAAUAUUACUUGUGCUAAUGCUACAAAUCAUUUAAUUGAUUAUUUGGAUGACCUAUUUGUUUGCAUUUUAUGUUAUGCAGGAGAGAUCAACCGGGGGCACUUCAAGGUUGUGAUCCAAAUAAUUACCGAGCAUUGUAAUGGUAUCAUUCUGCUGCAUAGGAUCAUUGGCUGGAUUUCAUUGUUCAGGAUCAGGAGGAUAAAAACUAUAAUCUAGUUCUUAUACCAAUGGCCUUCAUGGAACCACAUUUGUUCCCAUUCUUUUUCCUUCAAAAUUGGAUAUUAUUGGUACUUGGAAUGGUUCUUGCUCAAUUAAUAAGUGAAUAAUUGAAUAAAAUUUGUCACUGCUUCAUAUUCUAUAGGUAA